AUGUCGUUGAAUCUGGAUAUGAGCAACGCUACGAUGGUGAAGGAUGAGCAGGGCCGUCCGUUCAUUGUCGUGAGAGAUCAGGGGAGGAAGAAGCGCCAAUACGGCAACGAGGCCGUUAAAUCCCACAUUCUCGCCGCACGAACUGUGGCCAACAUUGUCAAGACCUCUCUAGGCCCCCGUGGUCUCGACAAGAUUCUCAUUUCGCCCGAUGGCGACAUUACGAUCACAAACGACGGCGCCACGAUCAUGCAACAGAUGGAGAUUAGCAACCACGUCGCCAAGCUACUUGUUGAGCUUUCCAAGUCACAGGAUGAUGAGAUUGGCGAUGGCACCACUGGUGUAGUCGUCCUCGCUGGUGCUUUGCUAGAGCAAGCCGCUGAUCUCAUCGACAAGGGCAUCCACCCUAUCCGAAUCGCCGAUGGCUACGACCAGGCCUGUGACAUUGCAGUUGCCGAGCUUGACAACAUCUCCGACAAGAUUGAGUUCACAAAAGACGAGACGGCUAACCUGGUCAAGGUUGCCCGCACUAGUCUUGGCAGCAAGAUUGUGUCCAAAGCGCAUGAUCAAUUCGCCAACAUUGCUGUCGACGCUGUUCUUUCGGUCGCUGACUUGGAGCGCAAGGACGUCGACUUUGAGCUGAUCAAGGUUGAUGGCAAGGUCGGUGGCUCUCUCGAGGACUCUCUUCUUGUCAAGGGCGUCAUCAUCGACAAGGACUUUUCUCACCCCCAGAUGCCCUCCGAAGUCAAGGAUGCCAAGAUUGCCAUUCUUACCUGCGCUUUCGAGCCCCCGAAGCCCAAGACCAAGCACCAUCUCGACAUUACGAGCGUAGAAGAAUUCAAGAAGCUCCAGAACUACGAGAAAGAAAAGUUUAUUGAGAUGAUUCAACAAAUAAAGGAUACGGGUGCCAACCUUGCCAUCUGCCAGUGGGGAUUCGACGACGAGGCCAACCAUUUACUUCUGCAGAACAAGCUUCCCGCCGUUCGCUGGGUUGGUGGUCCUGAAAUGGAGCUCAUUGCUAUUGCCACAAACGGACGCAUCGUUCCCCGAUUCGAGGAUCUCAAGGCAGAGAAGUUGGGUCACGCGGGCAUUGUUCGAGAGAUGACUUUCGGCACGACGCGAGAGAAGAUGCUGGUCAUUGAAGAAUGCGCCAAUACAAGAGCCGUCACCGUCUUCGUGCGCGGCAGCAACAAAAUGCUUAUCGACGAAGCCAAGCGAUCGCUACAUGACGCUCUGUGCGUUGUUCGCAACUUGGUCAGAGAUAACCGCGUCGUUUACGGAGGUGGUGCUGCUGAAAUCGCUUGCUCCCUCGCCGUCGAGGACGCUGCCGGCAAGACAGCCGGUCUGGAACAGUACGCCAUGCGCGCAUUCGCCGAGGCUCUCGAUGCCGUCCCCAUGGCUCUGGCUGAGAACAGCGGUCUCAAUCCUAUUUCGACACUGGCAGAGAUCAAGAGCCAGCAGGUCAAGGCUGGUACUGGAAGCCGAGGCAAGCUUGGUGUUGAUUGCAUGAGCCGCGGAAGCAACGAUAUGAAGGAGGCUUUCGUGAUUGAUCCUUUGAUUGGCAAGAAGCAGCAGCUGCAGCUGGCUACGCAACUGUGCCGCAUGGUGCUCAAGGUUAAUAAUGUCAUCAUCGCUGGGUCAGAAGACAAUGAAUGGUAA